AUGAUGCGGCAGGAGAUCGCCGCCUUCCUGAAGGCGGGAUGCGAGGUGACGAUUCUCUUCGCUGAUCUCCAUGCUUACCUAGACAACAUGAAGGCCCCCUGGGAGCUGCUGGAGCUGCGCACCCGCUACUACGAGAACGUGAUCAAGGCCAUGCUGGAGAGCAUCGGAGUGCCGCUGGAGAAGCUCAAGUUUGUCCGGGGCACCGACUACCAGCUCAGCAAGGAGUACACGCUGGACGUGUACCGCCUCUCCUCCGUGGUGACGCAGCACGACGCCAAGAAGGCGGGCGCCGAGGUGGUGAAGCAGCUGGAGCACCCCUUGCUGAGCGGCCUGCUCUACCCGGGCCUGCAGGCCCUGGACGAGGAGUACCUCAAGGUCGACGCGCAGUUUGGAGGAGUCGAUCAGAGGAAGAUUUUCACCUUUGCAGAGAAGUACCUUCCCUCUCUGGGCUAUGCCAAGCGCAUCCACUUGAUGAACCCGAUGGUUCCUGGUCUAACGGGCGGCAAAAUGAGCUCAUCAGAAGAGGAAUCAAAGAUCGACCUUCUAGACCGCAAGGAGGACGUGAAGAAGAAGCUGAAGAAGGCUUUCUGCGAGCCAGGAAACGUGGAGAACAACGGUGUCCUCUCCUUCAUCAAACACGUCCUCUUUCCUCUCAAGUCAGAGUUUGUGAUUCUGCGAGAAGAAAAAUGGGGCGGAAACAAAACCUACACGGAGUACGAAGCCCUGGAGAAGGACUUUGCUGAGCAGGUCGUUCAUCCCGGGGACCUAAAGAACUCGGUGGAAGUGGCUCUGAACAAAUUGCUUGACCCCAUCAGGGAGAAAUUCAACAACCCAGAGCUGAAGAAGCUAAGCAGUGCAGCAUAUCCCGACCCGUCCAAAGCCAAGCACGCGGAGAAGGGCGCCAAGAACUCGGAGCCGGAGAACGUGGUCCCAUCCCGCCUGGACAUCCGUGUUGGCAAAGUGAUCAGCGUGGAAAAGAAGAUCGACGUGGGCGAGCCCGAGCCUCGCACCGUGGUCAGCGGCCUCGUGCAGUUCGUCCCCAAGGAGCAGCUCCAGGACAGGCUCGUGGUGCUGCUGUGCAACCUCAAGCCCCAGAAGAUGAGGGGUGUGGAGUCGCAGGGCAUGGUGCUGUGCGCUUAGGUGAGGAGCACACGGAGCCCCCGAAAAAGAGACCCGCGGGCCGGGUGCCGCGCCGGGGAGCGCGUCUACGUGGAGGGCUACGAGGGCGGCCAGCCCGACGACGAGCUCAAGCCCAAGAAGAAGGUCUUUGAGAAGCUGCAGGCCGACUUCCGCAUCUCCCAGGACUGCGUUGCCCAGUGGAAGCAGAGGGACCUCCUGACCAAGCUGGGGAGCAUCUCCUGUAAAACGCUCAAGGGGGGGACCAUCGGCUACGGGGGGAUCCUCGGGGGGGUCCCCGCGCCGCUGCAGCCAGCCCGCUGCACAGGGCCCCGAGGGACCCAGGGGCUUGGGGCUGAAUCUGUCCCUGAGAGAUUUGCAUUCCCGUCGCGGGGGCACCAGUCCUGCGGUUCCUCCUUCAAACCGUCUCUCCGCGUUUGUCUGCAAGGGGAGAGGGAAGAGCCCGUCAGCGCUCCGGGCUCUCCCACCGCGAUCCCGGUGCCCCCCAGCCCCGACCAGGCCACGCGCGGGGUCCUCCCUCGCCCCACG